AUAGUAAAUCUUUCGUAGACUCAGGUAGUGUGGGUUGCACACAUCGCAGACACUUCUGUUCGUUGCAUUGGGAUUCUUAAAGUUCACACAAUACAGUUAGGUUGGCAGACAACUCAGUGAAUGAAGAAAAAAUCUCGGUUUUCACUUGGAACAUGCUCGAAGAAUCGGAACCGGAUUACUACGACAACCAAACGUACGCUGUUCGUUGCCGUUUAUGUCGAAAACAGCUCCUAGUAUCAAAUAAAAUCAAGUUCUCUCACUCUGGAAAGGCUGAACCUUGUGGAAACUGCUUAUAUCUUAACGACGAAUUCCUGCCAGAUUGGAUCAAAGAUGAAAUCGGAAACUCGUCAUGGACAAAGGGUCGAUUGAAGUGCCCAAGAGCAGAGUGCACAGCACGUGUUGGUGGGUUUGACUUUGUACAAGGGUUAUUAUGUGGCUGUGGUGAGUUUACCAUACCUGCAAUAUGGAUUCAGGAUGGAAAAGUUGAUGUCAAAGCUAUAAAUAGGAAUGAUGUCGUGGGAAAUGGCCAACCAAAUUCUGGGCAGGUUCCAGAAUUGGAAAAGAACUUAAAUAUAUUGUGUCCCAUGCAUCAACCUGAAGAGAUUAAAGAAACUUGUACAGCCAAGGGCGCUACAACUGAUCAAGUUGUAUGCACUUGCAGUAUGAGUGCAAAAAAACUAAGCAAAAUGACUUCAAGGCCAUGCCCAGAGUUACUAGCGCGAAGCAUGGGAAAGAUAAGAACAAACACGAGUAAAAUCCAUGAAUGGACUGGGGCUGUUGAUGACAUAAAUCCGAACACAUCAAAACCGAGUUUAGGGUUCCUUAGGAAUGCUUCUGGAGAGUCCAGUAUCUUUGCAGAGAUCAGUGUUGUUGGCAAGCGAUCUGAUAGUAGGUCUUAUACUAAUGUACCCGAACACAUAACCAAGCCACCUAGAGAGUUGUCUCAUAGAAACAGAGGGAAAACGAAUGAGGUUUGUUCCGUACAAUCUAUAAGUCACGAGUAUACAGCCUUUAUAAGCCCAGCCAAGACUCGCAUGGGACCCCAACGUGCAGCUUCAGCUAUCAAACAACACAGAACUUCAACAAUUCAUGGAAAGUCAUCUACGCAGCAAAAAGGCUGUGAAACUCAUGAUGUUGGAAGGAAUCCGCCUUGCACAAAACCAUCAUCGAACAGAUUUGGACUUCUAGAAAUUGAAGAUCAAGUUACGGAAGACCCUUUACAAGUCCAUAAUUCAAGUCCAGACAUUGCAGCGAACCAGUAUCAUCUCACGUGUGCAGUUUGCUUGGAUUAUUUCUACCAACCCUACGAAUGCCCGUGCAGUCACGUAUUCUGCGAGUCAUGCUUACGUCAGCUGUAUCACAAUCGUGCUGGAACUAUGAAGUGUCCUAUCUGUCGAGAACCUGUCAAAUAUAUCCAACCUGCUAAUCGGAUUAGAGAAGAGAUACGACAGCUUCGAAAUUCAUCCAUGAAGGAAAGGGAACAGUUUGAAAAAACGGCAAAACACAAGAAAUGGCCGCUGCCUCCAAUUGGUCCUUUUCCAUUUCUAAGAAAACGGCAGACGUUGGUACCCUCACAAGACAGAAAUCUCGUUAUUUUGGCCAGCCUUUUGCUGUUAGCCAUUUGCUACACAAUGUUGUAUAUAUUGCCAUAGUCAUAGUAUUUUUUAUAUGAAAUAAAUAUAAUAUCAAAUAGACAAUAACCAUUGUUGUUUUCGCGAUGACGAAUUUUAGGGGCCGUACAUUAGUUGCAUCAAAUCUACGACGCGGACGUGAAGUACUCUCGUUAUUUCCACAGUUUUACAAAAGAAAUAAUAUCAGACUAAAAAAUUAAAGACUUAUUUUGGUAAACAAAGUCAGAGCCGUUUUGGA